AUGUCAGUAACUGAAUUCCCACCAUUACUUUCACAAGAUGAUUGUCAAAAAUAUAAAGUACCUUUGAAAUGGAGAGAUAGAUGCGCUGCUUAUUUUGCAUUAUACCAAACUUGUUUAAUUAGAAAAAGUGCAAAUAGUUCAGUUGAUUGUCAUCAUGAUAAACAUUCAUGGGAAGAAUGUGAAAAUUUAGAUUUAAUUAAAAGACAAAAGGAAUUAAAAGAAAUAAAAGCUAAAAGAAGAGAAGAAAUAGGAAACUAG